UAAAAGAAGUUUCAUAAUCACAAGCUAUCACAAAGGGGAAAAUGUAUACUUACCAUUGAUAGUUUUACCAUAAAUUUCCUGACCUUAAUUUGAUUAAAAUCUCAACUUAAAGACUGCAACAAUAUAGAUUUCUUUAAAGCUUAAUUGCUCAUUUCACUGAACGCUGAGUGCAGGAAAAACCUCAAGCUGGGGCAAAAACAUGGUAGAGCGGAAGGAGAAGUUAAGGACUGAGCUGCUUUGCAGAUCAGAGUGUUUGAAAGUGAACAGCCAACCUGACAAGAAGCAAAACCACAGAACAGAUUAUUUCACAGAUGCCACUGGGGUAGGUAAACUGACCCAACUCUGCAGCACUCAGAAGACGAAGCAAAGCCUUCUACUUGAGCCGUUUUUCCAUCCCUGAUAUGUGCAGGAAAUGAAGACAUUGCCUGCCAUGCUUGGAAAUGGGAAAUUAUUUUGGGUCUUCUUCCUAAUCCCAUAUCUGGACAUCUGGAACAUCCAUGGGAAAGAAUCAUGUGAUGUACAGCUUUAUAUAAAGAGACAAUCUGAACACUCCAUCUUAGCAGGAGAUCCCUUUGAACUAGAAUGCCCUGUGAAAUACUGUGCCAACAGGCCUCAUGUGACUUGGUGCAAGCUCAAUGGAACAACGUGUGUAAAACUUGAAGACAGACAAACAAGUUGGAAAGAAGAGAAGAACAUUUCAUUUUUUAUUCUACAUUUUGAACCAGUGCUUCCUAAUGACAAUGGAUCGUACCGCUGUUCUGCAAAUUUUCAGUCUAAUCUCAUUGAAAGCCACUCAACAACUCUUUAUGUGACAGAUGUAAAAAGUGCCUCAGAACGACCCUCCAAGGACGAAAUGGCAAGCAGACCAUGGCUCCUGUAUAGUUUACUUCCUUUGGGGGGAUUGCCUCUACUCAUCACUACCUGUUUCUGCCUGUUCUGCUGCCUGAGAAGGCACAAAGGAAAGCAAAAUGAACUCUCUGACACAGCAGGAAGGGAAAUUACCCUGGUUGAUGCUCCCUUUAAGAGUGAGCAAACAGAUGCAAGCACCAGGCAAAAUUCCCAAGUACUGCUAUCAGAAACUGGAAUUUAUGAUAAUGACCCUGACCUUUGUUUCAGGAUGCAGGAAGGGUCUGAAGUUUAUUCUAAUCCAUGCCUGGAAGAAAACAAACCGGGCAUUGUUUAUGCUUCCCUGAACCAUUCUGUCAUCGGACCGAACUCAAGACUGGCAAGAAAUGUAAAAGAAGCACCAACAGAAUAUGCAUCCAUAUGUGUGAGGAGUUAAGUCUGUUUCUGACUCCAGGGACCAUUGAAUGAUCAGCAUGUUGACAUCAUUGUCUGGGCCCGACAGGAUGUCAAAUAAUAUUUCUCAAUUUGAGAAUUUUUACUUUAGAAAUGUUCAUGUUAGUGCUUGGGUCUUAAGGGUCCAUAGGACAAAUGAUUAAAAUUUCUCUCAGAAACUUAUUUGGGAGCUUUUUAUAUUAUAGCCUUGAAUAACAAAAUCUCUCCAGAACUGAUUGACAUCAUGAGUAGCAGAACAGUAGAACAUUUAAACUUAGCUACAUUUUACCCAAUAUACAAACUCGAUCUUGCCUUUGAAGCUAUUGGAAAUACUUGUAGGGAAAAGAGGUUUGUGUUAUCUGGAUCAGUUCACUACACACUCUUGAAAACAAAAUGUCCCAAUUUGACUAACCAACCAUAAAUACAGUAAUGAUUGUAUAUUUCAAGUCAGUCUCCCAUAAUAAGAAAUUUUUCCUGUGUCAGUCUAAGAAUGAUGUUUCUUAAAUGCAAAGGAGAAAUCAUUUUAGGCUUGAUGUAAGAAAAUGAAAAUAAUAAAUGGUGCAAUAAAAAUAUAGAAUAUACCAAUUGGAUAUAGGGUAGAUGUUCCACAUACCUGGCAAACAAAUGCUUAUAUCUACUCUGUUAGAUUGAUAAGCAAAUAUAGGUAUUAAUGGAGCAGUCAACGUAUAGCACAUUUAUGAGCAAAGUAGAGACUCACUGUUUGGGUCACAUAGACUAAUGGAUAGGAAUGUGACAUAAUGCUGCUGAAUUAACAUACUUACGGGCAUCUGAAUAGUUUAAAAGUUAGUCAGAAUAGGUAUCACUGGGCAAGUGAAGAUAGCUCAAACUGCUUCAUGCUUGACUUGAUAGCAAGUUAAAGUGCAAUUAAUGGAAUGGAGGAAAACCCAGAAUAUUUAAUUGGUCUUUAGGGGUCAAUUUGCUUUCAUUCACCACAUCUGCAUCUUGCUGUUCUUCUUACUAAGGAAUCAGGGCAAAUCAUCUGUAGUGACAUAUUUUAGUUUGCUAAUCAUUUAUUUUAAAAUACUGAGGUUGCAGCCACUUAAGAGUAUAGCAAAAGAUGGAUUCAGAUUUUUGGACUUUCCAAAGUACUUGAGUUAAACUAUUUCAAAAAUAGCCUAUAAUUUUAUUCAACAGUUUGAGGCUAUUAGAAUUCUCAAGUGCUGCUACUGAAUAAUGUAAUAGUCUUCAUACAAAGUGGAUAGCAAAGGUUAAAAUCCAUUUGAACAAAUAUGUGAGCUGAGCUGCUGCACAAAUGAAUGUGAUCUGUGUGUGUGUGUGUGUGUGUGUGUUAGGUGGGGUGGGUAACAACAGAAAUGGUGCACCAGAAACUGAUCAAAUUGACAUUAUAUUUUCAGUUUGCUUAUGAAGCUCAAAAUACUAGAGUAAAUAAGUCAUUAAAGCAAAUCAUAUGUGAAAUUAUGGAGUUUAGAGUACAAGUGGGGUAUAUAUACAAAAAGACAAAACUGAGGUUUUGUGGUGGAGAGAUUUUCUUAAGUAACACUGGCAUUAAGUUUUAGCUCCUUAGAUUUGGGGGUGCAGAUAUUCUUUUGAGUCACUGUUAUUUUGCCAAUUACAUCUAGAAUUUUAAGCAACCAGUUCGAGAUAGGCUGCUUUAGCCAGGCUGCAUUUGUGGACAACUUAUGUAAGAAAGACAUGUUAGAAUAGCUGCUUGUGGUAUUCUUAAAAAUAGAAACAGGAAAUAUGGGGAGGAUACAUUUAGCUGUCCUCUUAUCAGAUGAACACACAAAGUUGAACAGUUCCUUGAUGAUUCUCUCAAACUUAAAAGCAAAAUAUUUCCGUCUUAUUUAGAAUAUUCUUAGUACGUCUUAUAGUAAAGAUAAUGCUGAUAAUGAUUUCAUCUCUAAGAUAUAUUAAUAUAUUUGUACUGUUUGCCAAAAUCACAAAUCAAUUAUGUUUUUAUUCCUUUUCAAAAUGGUGUCAGAGACAUACAUGCAUUUUCCCAAAUGAAUCUAUUUCACUAUUAUUUACAUGGCUUAUUUCAUUAAUUUAUAGAUGGUUUGAGAAAAAGAAUAUGUAGAUAAUUUAAUGGUUUUUCACAAAUUUUAAGCUUGUUGAUUGUGCUAAUAAGAAGGUAAAGUUAUUAAAACUUAUUUGAAAUUAAUUUGGCAUCUGCUUUUGUACCCCAAAAUGUGUGGACAUGAAUAUUGAUUCUUAAACCCCCUGACAAAUAAAAGCGACCCGAAUAACUUGCUAAA